AUGGGUAACGACGUGAAUGAAGAAUACGACCUUGUUGUCGUCGGCGCAGGAUUCUACGGUCUCGCCGCUGCAAAGACACAUCUGGCGCUGCACCCAGAAAAAAAGCUUCUCGUUAUCGAAGCUGAAGCAACCUGCGGCGGAACCUGGUCGCACAAUCGGCUCUAUCCAAGCCUGAAGACAAACAAUCUCUUCGGGUCGCUAGAAUACCCUGACUUCCCCAUGGACGGUACCAAGUACAGCCUCAAAGAGGGCGAGCACAUCCCCGGAAAAGUCAUGCAUGAGUACUGCGAAGACUAUGCGAAGCAUUUCGGCGUACUUGAGCGCGUGCGGUUCGAGACGGAGGUCAUUUCGGCCAAGGCAAUGACCUCUGGAGGCUGGACUAUCACCACUAAGGAAGCAUCGACGGAAACAUCCACCAUAACAGCACAUAAGCUCAUCAUCGCCACCGGCUUGACUUCGCAGCCCAACAAGCCCUCCUUCACCGGCGCGGCAGAAUUCAGCUCACCAAUCUUCCACGCGCGCGACUUCUGCGACAAAUCCCACAUCACCUCCACUGCCUCCCGUGCGGUCGUGAUCGGUGGCGGGAAGUCGGCAUUCGACGUAGCAUACAAGUUCGCCACCAGCUCAACCUGCACGGAAGGUGUCGACCUGCUCAUCCGGCCCAGCGGAAACGGCCCAGUCUGGAUGGCAAACGCCUACGCCACACCCUUCAAGCUCAAAGUCGAGGACUUGGUUCUUGUGAGGUUUCUGACGUGGUUUAGCCCCUGCGCAUGGGGUGAUGAGGCUGGAUAUGGCGUAGUGCGGAGGUUCUUGCAGGCUACGUGGCUCGGAAAUAUCUUUGUCCGGCUGUUCUUCUGGGCCGUUGGGGCGGAUAUUAUGCGUACGGUCGGAUAUGACAACCACCCGGAGACCAAAAAGCUGAAGCCCUGGUAUGGUACGCUCUGGGCAAACAGUGCAUUAGGAGUAUGGAAUUACGACAAAGACUUUCUGGGUCUGGUCAGGCAGGGGACAAUCAGAGUUCAUCUGGCCGAGGUUGAGAGUCUGGGAAGACGUGUGGUCGAGCUCAAGGAUGGCAAGAGGUUAGAUGGCGUGGACGUUGUCGUGUGCGCGACGGGAUGGGUGAAGGAGGACUCUUCUUCCAUGGCGUUCAAGGAUUUCGACACUGGGCUAGCACUCAGCGGUGAGGAAAGGGAUGCGUUGAUUCGAAAAGCGGACAAGAAGCUUUUUGCCAAGCUCCCCAUUCUCAAGGCUCAGCCGGUCAAGCAACUCGAAGAUACCACGACUAAGCAAAACUUGGCUUCGGGAAAAGUCGACAGCGAACCACGCCGAUAUUACCGCUUCAUCGUCCCUUCCCAAGCCACCAGCUCCCGAAACAUUGCCUUCGCAGGCGGAAUUUCGACCACAUCGACCGCCCUCACCGCUCAUCUCCAGGGUUUAUGGAUAACCGCGUUCUUCGACGGCAAUCUUGACCGCAGCCCGCCGGCUGACAAGAGGGCUGUCGUGGAUGAGAUCAUACGGCACACUCAAUUCGAGAAGUGGCGCCAUCCGUGCGGCUAUGGGCCUCUUGUACCGGAUAUGACCUUUGACUCGCUCUCGUACGUGGACCUCUUGAUGAACGACUUGGGCCUCAAGGUGCGAAGAAAGAAAUCAAUACUGAGAGAUGUGUUCCUGCCGUAUAAGCCGAGGGACUAUGCUACUAUUUUAAAGGAGUAUCAAGCGCGUUGUAAGUCUGCUACCGGAGCCCUCCCACCAAGAAGUCUGCUACUUCUCUGCGUGUCCGGCGCCGCUAACCUUCAUAUCUCCCACAGUCGCCAAAAACGCUUCUAA